GUAACCUUCCGACUUGUCGGAUGCUUGAUAAAAAUAAUAUUUUAAUAUUUGGUUUGAUGAACAAUUCAUUUGCCGACCAAAAAGAAAAAAAAAACAAAACGCUUAAUUAUUCUUUUCCGGGGGGAAAAUCUGACGAAUUAAAAAAUAUAUAAAAGUUACUCAUACUAUGUGUGGAUAAGUGUAAUUAACGGUAGUAAAAGUGACAGAUACAAGUUAUUACGAAAAAGGUGCGACCGAAAUUUCUCAGUGUCGUACAAGAAACAAGAAAAAAAUGUGAAAAUUAUUCAAAUUGCAAAAUAAGAAAAUAUACAUAAUUUAUUUUUGAAAUUGUGCAACAUUUAAGAUAAAAUUAUCUUUUGUACCGUUACUUACGUUAAAGAAGUUAAAAUAACACUUUCAUUAAUUUGGAUACUGAUAAUUUGCAAGUCGAUAGAAGAUAUUUAUAGAGUGGAUAAACCUGAUAUUUGGUACACCCCUAACUAAAAGUGUUACCUAAAAUGGGGAAGCUUAAGAUUGUCAUAUCAAUCGCCUUGGCGCUUAGUACUCUUGGUGCAGCUCUUCCCACGACCUCAGAUGAGAAUCUAAAACCCGAAGCACGAGAUGCCAGUGAAUCACAAGAAGAUGAAUUUGUCCCCUCGAGUUACAUACUGCCAAAUCAAAUAUUCAACGAUGGGAAGCCAUUUUACGUUGGCAAAGAUCCUGUAUCCGGCCAGUUGGAUUUCAAUUCGAAAAAGGCUGGAUUUGAGACUUCGGCCAAUGAGGUCUUCGAUCCUAAGGAGAAAAUUGUCCUCAGUAGUGGAUCUUCACCAAAUUUCCACGAUUUCCUUAAUUUGCCCGUGAAGUAUUCUUCGUCUAAAUUUGUCUAUCCUUUGGUCUCAAGCUCCUAUGCGAACUUGAAAUAUCAGGGAAACAACAAAAAUUAUAACUCGAAGAAGGGUCAAACUGUGAUGCCGACUUCUAUGACUUCCACAUCAUCGCCACACUACUACAACCUUCAGAGAAACAUCACAAAGCUGCACUUAGCAAGUAAUUCAGCUGUUUAUCCUACCACCUCAAGGACUACCACCACUACUGCUUCGACGACUACCCCACCUCCAAGAACGUAUACCACAAGAAAGCCGAUUUCAUCAACAACACCAUUCACAGUUGCAACAACAACUACCACAAGAAAGAAGUUCGUCCCGACAAAGAAGUACAACCAGCCCACAUCAGCGAUUCCCACAUCGUCUUCGGAAGAAGUCAAGAAAUCAACAAAACCACAAACGAAACCUCCACAAAAGUCUACCACACCGAUUCUAACAACGACCACAAAGAGAAUAAGCACCACUGCUGUUCCGAAAACGACCAAAACGACUCCCAGCAGUACAACUCCAACUCGUAGAACAACCCCACAAUCUUCAAUCUUCCCAACCAACCCAACAACUACCACAACUGUCAACAAUCCUGUCGUAUUUUCAGAUAGCCCUCCAUCUUUCAGUCCAAUUCCAUCGUCAGGAACGAAGAAGCCAUUAUUAGAAGUCAGCGACGUGUAUAACAGUGUUGGGCAGAAAAACGAACCCAACUUGUCUUUGGCAGACCUUUUCAACAGUCUCGCCGAUGAGGAGGAAGAAAAUUCACUCUCCCAGAAUCAGGGUCUUGACGCUCAGGGUAACCUAAUGAGACCGAUUUCACCUUCGAAACCAUCUCCAUUUGCAGUGAACCAGGCCACCACUGUUGGACCCAGCAGCACCAGGCAGCCAAGUUCGGGAAAUCAAUCACCACAACAACCUGCAUCCGUUCAAGCAACUCUCUCAAUUCAUCCAUCGAAACAAACCCAACAGAACAAGUUGAACUCAGAGCAACAGGAACAAGCCCAAGGAGGCAGCAGCUUCAACGGAGAGUACGUUCAAUACCAGGUUCAACAACCCAACGUUAUGCAAUACCACCCCACCUCGAACAUUAAUAACGUAGUCAUCUCACCGGGACAGCAAUCGGCUACCUUUGUCUUGGGCAGCCAACAAACUGUCGGCUCCAACUCCUUCAUGGGAAGUGUUGAAAAGGAACCACUUUUCUCCAAAGAACCACCAGUCCAAUAUGGAACCGUUAUCAACGAAGACAUCAAUUCUGCUUUUCCCCAAAAGGACAAUGCCAAUAAGAACACCAUUAACUUCCAGCAGAUCGGAAACCAGGAGCAAACCCAGGAACUCUUAGUUUCCAGCAAUAUUAGAUUCCCAGCUAACGAGGGUCAAAUCUCGGAUAGCUCAGCGGAUGGCAGCUCGGUAAACGGACAUGCUCAGCCCCUGACAAUGCACCUCCAGAUGCAACAGGCUGGAAAUCAAGUUGUGUUCCCAAAUCCAGAGGUGGGUACUACAUCUUCAAUCACUCCAAAUACGCAGGCAAAUGAAAUUCAGUACAAUACCGAGAAUCAAGGUGACGUCCUUAUCCAACAGCAUGAAGUUCUUAAUCUCAACGCACACCGCCACAAUCAACCUCAGACUCAAAAUCAAGGCCCACCUGAUCAUCAUGUCCAACAGCAUGGACCACAAGAGCGUCCGCAACAGAUGCCCUUCCAGGCGUAUCCACCACAAGGUGGGGAAGGACAUAGACCUGCCCAGCACAUGGAACCACCUCACUUCCAUUCACGUCCUCCACCCGAGUAUCAUGAACAGCCCAAUAGGAGCCCUGUUCCAAAUAGGCAACCAUUCCCAAUGGGACCACAUGCGCCAAAUGGACCCAACCAUGGUCCUCCUCCUCCAGGAUCGCAACCACCACCCUCUUACAUGUAUAACGAAUUUACGCGUAAGCCCAUCCCCGGCAUGAACCGCCCUAACCCUGAUCGAACUCUUCCCAACAUUCUUCCACAGUUCCGUCCGAAUGCCAAACUCUCUCAAGGCCAUCCAACAAACUUCAAUCAAGAGCCCGGCAAUAUCCGUAUCCAGCAUCCGCAAUUCCAAAAGCGACCUGGCUCGCCUCAGUUCUCACAUCGUCGUCAACCAGUAGCCGGGCGGUAUCCAGUAACUCGAGUUCCUGAGUAUCCCGGUGGUCCUCCACCACCACCACCUUCGCAAGAGGCAAAUCGUAGGAUCUACCGAGUUUCCCCAUACCCUCCACAAUUCGUUGAUCGCAACUACCUCCGUCGUCCUCAACAACUUCCACAACUCCAGAGACCCUUGGACUAUGGAUACGAGCGACAUGCAGUCUACAAGACCAUUCCCGACCCUUAUCAACCUCGACCAGAGCCACCAAGUGGUCCAGCUACCGAAAGACUAGCUGCUUUUGAAGAAGAAGACCUUGUAAUCAAUGAUCCCCCGCAACCAGUCAUGAAGAAGGACGAAACUGAUGAUAUCAAGCUAGAACCAGUGGUUACCCUUCAAAUGCUUAAAUCACAACAGAAAUCUUCCGAAGAUUCCGGUGAGAUAAAAGUUCCGGGAGACUCCCAGAAUUCAUUCGAGAAAACUGGUCCCAAUCAAGGACUCUAUGUAGUCUAUCCAGUCAAACCUUCUUUGAACGGCCCUGAACAUGACAUCAAUGAGUCAGCUGAAACUAAAGAGCCCGCUCCAGUGAUAGCCCCACUAGAAUCUGGGUCAAUCACAGCUUCUGCAAACGACUACCAAAACACACCAUUCUCGGUAGUUCGAGAUCAGCCACAGGAACCCAUCCUAGUUGUAAAGAACAAGGUGCACACUCUUCAGCAGAAACAGUCCAAAGAUAAAUUCCCUUACCCUCUAGAGAAGCCAGACCUUUCUUAUUCCGGUUUUGGCCCCAAGCAUCACAACGAAAUUGAUAGACUUGAUCGUGAUCCAGGUGUGAUAAUAGCACCAAGAAUAGUCAAUGGAGCUUAUCCACAUAACGUCAUUACCGAAACCCCGAUAGCAAUUGCUUACACACCCACAGAACCCAACCAUCACUACCAUGAUGUUCGUGGACCCUACAUGCAGGACCGAUUCUCCAGUGUCAAUUUAGCGACUCCGGUGAUUCGGGAAAUUAGAGAUCAGCAAACUGAAGACACACUCAAUCAGGACUUGGACACUAGAGGACAGAACUUCGAAAAAGACUUCAUGGCUCCCUUCUAUCCUAGUAUGAGCCUUGACACAGCUACAAGCUCUCCCAUUGCAUCCAACGGCUGGAAUAUAUUCCAUGGUACCACUGAACGACAUGGGGCAUCAUCACUGUACGAGAAGAACAACAUCAACCGAGCUGAUGUAUCUUCAGCUGGAUCCUCGGAUGAAGAAGAAUCUACCACAAAAUCUUUCGAGCUGGAUAGCUUCCAGCCAGAGUUGCAAGGAGGAUUUAAACCCAUCUACCCACCAGGCUACAAGCUAGACGAUGAAGAACCUGAGCAAAACGUAAAGCCUGCAAAUGAACGGCCACUCGCCUUAGCUCUGACCCGCGUCGAACCGAGAACGGCGAGCACAACCACUUCGACCACAGCAAUGCCAACAAGCUCCGCUGUUAUCACAACAACCACAACGACUACCACUACACCCCGUCCAAAGACUGUACCAACGACGAAAAAGACAACGACCAAACCAAGUCCUACCCCUCAAGCCCUUACAGGAACUUCAACAGUCGCCCCAGAAGUUACACCCGCUACCACAACCAGUCCAACCCAGACAUCACCCAAGCCUACAACACAACGAAAGAAGACACCAUUCGAAACCAGUCUAGAAGCCCUCCUCUUCGGAGACGAUGAAGAUUUCGAAGACGAGCCCGUGGCCAGUCCCGACGAAGCCAAGAGCAGCAGCAGUUAAACAUUUUAGAUAAAUAAUAGCAUGUGUGUGUCUGCGAAUGUGUGUGUGUAUUGAAAUAUAUGUAGUUGUAAAAAAAGUAUCUACGACGUUGACGUUAGAUAUUCCAGUUCAUAAAAAUUCCCACAAAACAACGAAGGCGACCUUUGCGAGUCUAAUUCGAAAAACGAAAAGGGCCUCAUAAGCAAAAAAGCAGCAUAUAAGACCCCCAAAAUAAUUGAAAUAGUUGUUUUUGGAAUCUAUUUUUCCCAUUAGACUCUCGAAUCGUUAAAAAAUGGUGAUGUUUUUUAAAACCGAAACAUCAUUUUUUAUUUUCAUUCAAUCCAAAUAACAGAUUUUUUUUUUAUUUUAUUCAUUUAUCAGUUUUAAGUUUAAUUUUAAUUUUUUAAUAUUUAAUUAUUUAUGACUUUUUAUUUUAUUAAUAUUUAUUUUAAUUAGUUAAUUUAAGCUUCGAUAUAUUUGCGAAUGUUUGUUGGACAUUUCAAAGGAUUAUUAUGUA